GGUAUGCCCUGAUGCAUUCAACAUAUGUUUUGGUAUUGUAGGCUAUCAGCAAUCAGAGCAAUUACUGCUCGGUUUCUUCAUCUGCAAGAAACAGAAAAUCGGCCACUGGUGAAAGCUGCUGAGGCUUGUCAGCAGUCUGCUCCUAAUUUCUGUGUGGCUCAUCAACACCAUUUAGAGGGUGAAAAUACUGUGGAUGAACAAUCUACGAAAUGUUGUCAAGAUCUUAUUUCAGGGAUAAUGAUUUGUUAAAAAGGAAAGAGGAAAAUAUUUUUGUUUUUUCUUUUAGAGAAAUAAUAGACUUUUUGAUGUGAACGCCCAGCUCCUUACUGAAGAAAACAGAGCAAGACCAUGAGCAAUUGAAGUCUGCAGGAGGAGCAGGGGCUGUUUUAAACAGCAGUUAUUCUGUUACUUGUCUGAGAAACGUCAGCAGAUGGACUUUGGUUUCAAGGCUGUGAAUAUUUGCAGUAGCUUUAGAUGUUGGAAUAUAAGCAGUGAUCCCUUUUUUCCCACCCUGUAUAAUUACUUGCUGAAAAAUGAGUGAGGAGGCAAAGGAGAGAAAUGCUAAACCGGCUCACAGGAAGAAAAAAGGAAAAAAGUCUGACACAAAUGCAAGUUACCUCCGGGCUGCUCGAGCUGGCAACUUAGAAAAAGCUCUUGACUACUUGAAAAGUGGAGUGGACAUCAACAUUUGCAAUCAGAAUGGGUUGAACGCUCUCCAUCUUGCUUCCAAAGAAGGACAUGUAGAAGUUGUCUCAGAACUGAUACAGCGAGGUGCCAAUGUGGAUGCAGCAACAAAGAAAGGAAACACAGCAUUGCACAUAGCAUCCCUGGCUGGGCAGACAGAAGUAGUUAAAGUGUUGGUUGCAAAUGUGGCCAAUGUCAAUGCACAGUCUCAGAAUGGAUUCACUCCAUUGUAUAUGGCUGCCCAAGAAAAUCACCUUGAAGUUGUUAAGUUUCUUCUUGACAAUGGUGCAAGUCAGAGUCUUGCUACAGAGGAUGGUUUCACCCCUUUGGCAGUAGCUUUGCAGCAAGGCCAUGACCAGGUGGUUUCACUGUUGCUUGAAAAUGAUACAAAGGGAAAAGUUCGUCUUCCUGCUCUUCACAUUGCUGCCCGCAAGGAUGACACAAAGGCUGCUGCUCUGUUGCUUCAGAAUGAUCAUAAUGCUGAUGUGGAAUCAAAGAGUGGCUUCACACCUCUGCACAUAGCUGCUCAUUAUGGAAAUAUCAAUGUAGCAACAUUGCUGUUAAAUCGAGGAGCUGCUGUGGACUUCACUGCAAGGAAUGACAUCACUCCAUUACAUGUUGCAUCCAAGAGAGGAAAUGCUAAUAUGGUCAAACUCCUGCUUGAUCGAGGCGCUAAAAUUGAUGCCAAAACAAGGGAUGGGCUGACCCCUCUCCACUGUGGAGCAAGAAGCGGCCAUGAACAGGUCGUUGAAAUGUUGCUUGAUCGUGGUGCCCCUAUUCUUUCAAAGACCAAGAAUGGUUUGUCUCCGUUGCAUAUGGCAACACAAGGAGAUCAUCUAAACUGUGUUCAGCUUCUGAUUCAGCACAACGUGCCUGUUGAUGAUGUCACUAAUGACUAUCUGACUGCACUGCAUGUUGCCGCCCACUGUGGCCACUACAAAGUUGCCAAGGUUCUCUUGGACAAAAAAGCUAAUCCUAAUGCCAAAGCACUGAAUGGCUUCACACCUCUUCACAUUGCCUGCAAGAAAAACAGAAUUAAAGUUAUGGAGCUUCUCCUGAAACAUGGUGCAUCUAUCCAAGCUGUAACUGAGUCGGGCCUAACUCCAAUCCAUGUUGCUGCCUUCAUGGGACAUGUAAAUAUUGUAUCACAAUUAAUGCAUCAUGGUGCAUCACCCAACACCACCAAUGUGAGAGGAGAAACAGCACUACAUAUGGCUGCCAGAGCUGGCCAAACAGAAGUUGUUCGAUACCUAAUACAAAAUGGAGCUCAGGUAGAAGCUAAAGCUAAGGAUGACCAAACACCACUACACAUUUCUGCCAGACUGGGAAAAGCUGAUAUAGUGCAGCAAUUAUUACAACAAGGAGCAUCUCCAAAUGCAACUACAACUUCUGGUUAUACUCCCCUCCAUUUGUCUGCUCGAGAAGGGCAUGAAGAUGUAGCCUUAGUUCUUUUGGAUCAUGGUGCAUCUUUAGCUAUAAUUACCAAGAAAGGAUUUACUCCUCUUCAUGUGGCUUCAAAAUAUGGCAAAAUUGAAGUAGCCAACCUUCUGCUUCAGAAAAACGCAUCUCCAGAUGCUGCUGGAAAGAGUGGUUUAACUCCACUGCAUGUAGCUGCACACUAUGAUAAUCAGAAAGUGGCACUUCUGCUUUUGGACCAGGGAGCUUCACCUCAUGCUUCUGCAAAGAAUGGUUAUACUCCACUGCAUAUAGCUGCCAAGAAAAACCAGAUGGAUAUAGCAACAACAUUGCUUGAAUAUGGUGCUGAUGCUAAUGCUGUAACCAGACAGGGUAUUGCUCCUGUUCAUCUUGCAGCCCAGGAGGGCCAUGUGGACAUGGUGUCAUUACUCCUUACUAGAAAUGCUAAUAUGAAUCUUAGCAACAAGAGUGGAUUGACACCGCUUCACCUGGCUGCUCAAGAGGACCGAGUAAACGUAGCAGAGGUUCUUGUUAACCAAGGGGCUGUUAUUGAUGCACAGACAAAGAUGGGAUACACUCCACUACAUGUUGGCUGCCACUAUGGGAACAUAAAGAUUGUUAAUUUCCUUCUGCAACAUUCUGCUAAAGUUAACGCCAAAACGAAGAAUGGAUAUACACCCCUACACCAGGCAGCUCAACAGGGACACACCCAUAUCAUUAAUGUCUUACUCCAGCAUGGUGCUUCGCCCAAUGAACUCACUGUGAAUGGGAACACUGCCCUUGCCAUUGCUAAACGGCUUGGCUACAUUUCAGUUGUUGACACACUGAAGGUGGUGACUGAAGAGACUAUGACUACGAUUACUGUCACAGAAAAGCAUAAAAUGAAUGUACCAGAAACUAUGAAUGAAGUCCUUGAUAUGUCUGAUGAUGAAGCAGUUCGUAAAGCCAAUGUCCCUGAAAUUCUCAGUGAUGGUGAAUAUAUAUCAGAUGUUGAAGAAGGUAUUUGUGCAUUUUUGUAUUGCAGUGAAGUUUAACCUCAUUUUUUAAAAUGUCCUAUGUGUAGAAAUUAACUCUUCUUAAACUAACUUUAACCAUUAUUACCCUGCUAGCAACAAUUUGUGCAUUAUACUAAGUGUGCUUUCAAAAAUUCUCUGACUUCUGAUUAACACUUUAAUUUUUUGUCAUAACUUUUGCUUCACUCUUAAUUAAGUAACGACUAAUUUUCUGGGAUAUUCUCUCUGCUGCAGUUUCUAUUAUAAAGAGAGAGAAAUAGUUUCUCUAUUUUAAAAUUUAAAAGGUACAUAUUAGACAGACAUAUUGAAAUAUUUGGGGAGAUGGCUAACAAUGUGAGAACUGUUAGGAUUUUUUAACAUCUCUGUAAAAUGAGUAUUGGGACUAUUGAUUUUUAAAUUGAUAGUAAGUGCCUGAUAUGAAAAGAGCUGCUAGAGUUUAAAAAAAAAAAAAAUCAUUUAGUGUAACACCACAGAAGUUUACACUUUUAUUGCAGUAUGAGGAUGAUGUGCUAUCAUGACUAACAUGUGUUAGGGUGUUACAGAGUGAACGUAUCUGUUAGUACUGAAUUAGACUGUGAAGUGCUGUGCAAUAAUAAAGGGACUCCAUUUG